UUUUUUUUUUUGAAAUCAUACUUACAUAUAAAACUAACACAUAUUCCUGUUUUUGUUUGUAGAAUUAACCAAAAACAUGUCUUCAACGGAAAACCCUAACAGUGGUAACAGAACCUUCCAUCGUUACUGGUGUUAUCAAUGCCAUCUUAUCGUCAGAGUAUCGCCGGAAAAUCCCUCGGAGAUCAUCUGUCCUCGCUGUUUCGGUCACUUCCUCUGCGAAAUGAAUGAAACAAACCCUGGACAACUCUUAGACUUCACUGCAUUUGAUCCUUCUCCAGAAGCUAGAAUUCUCGAAGCUCUGACUCUAAUGCUCGAUCCUAAUUUAUUCAACACCUCUCAAGCCAAUGUGGUCCCUAUUUUCCGUCGUUCAGACGGAACUGAAACUCUCGUACCACCACCACCACUACCUACUCGUGGACGAGAGAGAAUUCGAGACUUCUGGUUAAGGCCUAGAAGGAGAUACUCAUUUCUAAACGACACGGAUGAAUUUACACCAGAGAGCGGAAUCCUAGCACGUCCGCGCUCAUGGAUUGUCAUCCGACCAUCAUCAUCGGGUGGACCUGACCGCGGACAAAGACGGCGGUUAGGUCCACCCGAUGUAAAUAACAAUAGAGAUUAUUUCACAGGUCCUGAUCUUGAAAAUCUAAUAGAAGAGUUAACACAAAAUGAUCGGCCGGGUCCUGCACCAGCACCGGAGCCGAUCAUUAAUUCGAUUCCGACAGUUGUAAUUGCUGCCGCACAUUUAAAAGAUGAUUCCGAAUGUCCGGUGUGUAAGGAAAAAUUUAAAAUAGGCGGAGAAGCAAGAGAGUUACCAUGUAAACAUAUAUAUCAUUCCGAUUGUAUUGUUCCUUGGUUAAGGUUACAUAAUUCCUGCCCGGUUUGUCGGAAUCCGGUGCCGGUUUCUUCAGAAGCUCAGGUGGAUAGUUCUGAUGAUUGUGUUGAAGAAGAAGAAAGGAUGAACAGACAACGGCGUUGCUUCAGACUUAGACAAAUGGCAGCUUCUCUAUGGCCAUUUAGGUCGAGGUAUCGUGCUAUGCGUAAUCAUGAUGAACCAUCGGCGCAGUCGUCAUGUAAUAUUCUUUAGCGGAAUCAAACUACAAAUUGAAGAACAGGUGGGGUGACGCGAAGAAGAAAUUAUAAGAAAAAAUGCAAAAAUUUAGAAAAAAAGACAGAUCAAUCAUGUUGUACGUGCAAUCUCUUUGCGUAUAUAGAACUUUGUGUGUCGUUGUAAUACUUAGUUGAACCUAUAAAUUUCAAUUUUUAUGAACAAAUUUCAUACUUAA